AAAAUUGUCGGCAUAAUUUUCGUACUUUGUUGCAAGCAUGUCGGAGGAGAUAGAAAAAGCACAACUUGCAAAACCUGGAGGCGAUACAAUAUUUGGAAAGAUUGCGCGGAAAGAAGUACCAUGUGAAUUUAUUUAUGAAGACGACCAGUGUGUGGCUUUCAAUGACCUUUCUCCACAAGCUCCUGUCCACUUCCUGGUGAUUCCUAAGAAGCCUCUGUCUCGACUGUCAGAGGCGGAGGACAGUGAGGAGCAGCUCCUCGGACACCUAGUUCUGGUAGCUAAGAAGGUUGCUAAGCAGCGUGGUUUGAAUGAGGGCUAUCGCCUGGUAAUCAAUGAUGGUCCAAUAGGUGGUCAGUCGGUGUAUCACUUACAUAUACAUGUGCUGAGUGGACGACAAAUGGGGUGGCCACCAGGAUAACUCUCUUAAAAACAUUAAUGCUGUUAACAGAAUUUCCAGUUUAGUCAAUAAGACAACUUACAGUAGAAAUAAUUACGAUGACUUUCUGGAAUGUUUGUGGUCAAAUUUCGAUGCAGAGCAUCACUUCAUGGUCUAUCAUUUCAUUAAAUUUGAUUCUAAGAUUAUAAAGCUGUGUUUGUUAUUGAAAUAAAACCAUUUUAUCAAUAUAAA